AGCAACAGGAAAGCGCAGCCGCCUCCAUAAACCCUCGUCUCUCUCUCCCGGCAGCGGCGGCAGGCCUACCGCCGCGAACCCUAGCUACCCGGUUAGCUCCCAUGGCUCCGGCGGACGCCGUCGGCGAGCAGCCGCACAAGGCGCACCGCCAGCACAAGUCCGGCGCGAAAGCGCGGAAGAAGAAGGGCAAGGGCAAGGGAGACGAUGCAGGAGGCGAGCAGAAGAACCCCAAGGCUUUUGCAUUUCAGUCAGCAACUAAGGCCAAGCGUCUACAAGCUCGAUCGGCAGAGAUUGAACAACGACGUCUUCAUGUGCCAAUUAUGGACCGUUCAAUUGGUGAACCUCCUCCUUUUGUUGUUGUAGUUCAAGGACCUCCACGGGUGGGGAAGUCGUUGUUGAUAAAAUGUCUAGUAAAACACUACACCAAACAAAACCUGUCUGAAGUCUGUGGUCCCAUCACUGUUGUAUCAGGUAAAAGCAGGAGGGUACAGUUCUUGGAGUGUCCAAAUGAUAUUAACGGAAUGAUUGAUGCUGCUAAAAUAGCUGAUCUCGCUUUAUUGCUCAUUGAUGGAAGCUAUGGAUUUGAAAUGGAUACAUUUGAGUUUCUUAAUAUCAUGCAAGUGCAUGGGUUCCCCAAGGUGAUGGGAGUGCUUACGCAUCUUGAUAAGUUUAAAGAUGUGAAGAAACUCAGGAAAACUAAGCAGCGCCUUAAGCAUCGAUUCUGGGCUGAAAUAAAGGAGGGAGCAAAACUAUUCUAUUUGUCAGGUCUCAUUCAUGGAAAAUACACAAAAAGAGAAGUACAUAAUCUGGCAAGAUUCAUCUCUGUUAUCAAGCCUGUCCCGUUGAGUUGGCGGAUGGCACAUCCUUAUUUGUUAGUUGAUAGAUUUGAAGAUGUGACCCCUCCAGAAAGUAUGCGCCUGAACAGAAAGUGUGAUAGAAAAAUAACAUUAUAUGGUUACCUUCGUGGCUGUAAUAUGAAAAGAGGGACCAAGGUGCAUAUCACAGGCGCAGGUGAUUUCAGCUUGUCUGGGGUGACGAGUUUGGCUGAUCCUUGCCCUUUGCCAUCAGCUGCAAAGAAGAGAGGAUUGCGUGACAAGGAAAAGCUGUUCUAUGCACCAAUGUCUGGUCUUGGGGAUCUACUUUAUGACAAGGAUGCGGUUUAUAUCAAUAUCAAUGAUCACCUUGUUCAGUUUUCAAAGAGUGAUGACAAUGAUGUGCCUAGAAAGCAAGGGAAGGGUAAUGAUGUUGGUGUGUCCCUGGUAAAAACACUUCAGAACACGAGAUACUCCCUUGAUGAAAAGUUGGAACAGAGUUUUAUAAAUUUCUUUGGUAGAGGGCCUGCUGCUCAAUCGGAAAACAGUGACGCAGAAGGCAAUGUCAUCCCUGCAAGACAGAAUGACCAGGGAGGUGCAAACAAUUUGGAGCAAGUAGAUGGUGUUAACAUUAGUAAUGCAGACACCAUGGAGAGCAGUGGACAUUCUGAAUGCUUUAGUGAUAGUGAAGAGGAUAAUGACGAUGGUAUUCAGCUAAGCAACCGUGAUGUUGACUUAAGGGAACAGGUGGAAUUUUGCAACGGAAGAUUGAGGCGAAAAGCUGUAUCAGCUAAUUUUAAAGAUGAUGUUGAUGAGGAGGGUAUUGAUGGAGAUGACAGUGAUAAUGAGGACUCUGGCGAUGACCACUUAUCCGGAGGUUCUGUAUCAUCUGAUGAUAGUGGAGAAGCUACUGAUUCAGAUGAUGAAACUGAAAACACUUCGAAGUGGAAAGAAUCCUUGCUUGCUAGAACACUGUCCAGACGCAGUGCCAACCUGAUGCAACUUGUUUACGGACAACCUUCUUCAAAGUUAGACAGUGCGGCAUCAGGAGCAAAUGACAGUAGUGAAGCAGAUAGCUCAGAUGAAGAAUUUUUCAUUCCAAAAGGACAGAAGAAGCAAGCAAAGAGUGAGUUACCAAGCUUUGAUGAUAUAGAUGUUGAGGAUUACUCCAAGUUUUUCAAAGCGGAGCUAAGAGAUUGGUCUAAUGAUGAUCUCAUCAAUAGCAUCCGUGAUCGUUUUGUGACUGGAAAUUGGUCAAAAGCUGCUCUAAGAGGACAGGACUUAAAUGAAAAUGGAGAGGAUGCUGAAGAAAUAUAUGGUGAUUUUGAAGAUCUUGAGACUGGUGAGGUACAUAAGAGCCAGGCAGAUGAAAAUGCUGAAGGAAAUGGUGAUGUGCACAAAGAAGAUGGCCUAGAAGAAGAAAGAAGACUGAAGAAGCUUGCACUUAAAUCAAAAUUUGAUGCACAGUAUGAUGGAUCCGACCUCUCUGGUGAGGAAGUUGAUAAUGACAAGAAGAAAUCCAGACGAGAACAAUCUAAUGAAGGGGGCUAUUUUGACAAAUUAAAGGAGGAAAUGGAAAUUCGCAAGCAAAUGAAUAUAUCUGAACUCAACGAUCUGGAUGAAGAUACCCGAGUAGAAAUUGAAGGAUUCAGGACUGGCACUUACGUCAGAUUAGAGGUACAUGGCGUGCCGUUUGAGCUCGUUGAGCAUUUUGAUCCUCGCCAUCCCAUUCUUGUUGGUGGUAUUGGCCUUGGUGAGGAUAAUACUGGAUACAUGCAGGCUAGCUUGAAGCGCCACAGGUGGCACAGGAAAGUACUGAAGACAAGGGACCCAAUCAUUGUCUCAAUUGGAUGGAGGCGAUUCCAAACGACUCCUGUGUAUGCAAUAGAGGAUCGGAAUGGUCGACAUCGCAUGCUCAAGUAUACACCUGAGCAUAUGCAUUGCUUUGCUAUGUUUUGGGGGCCACUUGCUCCACCAAAAAGUGGUGUAUUAGCAGUCCAGAAUCUUUCUAGCAACAAGGUGCCAUUUAAGAUAACUGCAACAGGCUGGAUUCAAGAAUUCAACAAUACUGCCCGAAUUGUGAAGAAGAUCAAGCUCACAGGUGUACCAUGCAAGAUAUUUAAAAAAACCGCUCUGGUCAAAGGGAUGUUCACAUCUGAUUUAGAGGUUGCUAGGUUUGAAGGUGCGUCCAUUCGGACAGUAAGUGGAAUCCGAGGACAAGUUAAAAAGGCUGCCAAGAUCGAGGCGGGAGAUAUGCCAAAAAGAAAAGGGGAAAGUGCAGAAGGAAUUGCAAGGUGCACUUUCGAGGACAGAAUUCUUAUGAGUGACAUUGUCUUCUUGCGUGCCUGGGUCAACGUUGAAGUUCCCACAUACUGUAACCUUGUUACUACUGCUCUGCAACCCCGAGAGCAGACCUGGCAAGGCAUGAGAACGACUGCUGAGUUGCGGAGGGCACACAAUAUACCUAUUCCACACAAUAAAGACUCAGUUUACAAGCCUAUUGAGCGGAAACCACGGAAGUUCAAUCCUGUAGAGAUCCCUGCAAAGCUGCAGCAUUUACUUCCUUUUAAAUCUAAGCCAAAGGAUAGACCUAAGCAGAAGAAAGCGCCAAUUGGAAACAGGGUACCAGUACUUAUGGAACCCAGUGAGAAGAAGAAAUAUGCAGCGCUACAACAGCUAAUUCUACUAAAACAUGAGAAGGCAAGGAAGAAGAAAAUUAAGGAACAGCAGAAGAAGAAAGCAUACGAGGCAGAGAAAGCCAAGACUGAACAAGUACAGAAGAAACGACAGCGGGAGGAGAGGCGCGAGAGAUAUCGGGAAGAGGAUAAACAAAAGAAACGUGCGCGCAGAUAAGUGCCAAGAGCACAAGAAAGGGUCUAUACACAAGGAGCCCCAGGAGGCUUCGAGGCACGCCAACCAGAGUAUGGCUUUUUUGUACACAACAUAUACUCCAGCGUGAGUCUGUUUGGAGUCACAUAACAGGACCUUAAUCAGGGCAGAAUUCAACUGGCGGCACUACUCUAGGUGGAGAGACGUGUAGUAUGUGCGUUAGUAUUAACGUGUGAUCUGUUUGUACAAACUGUAAAGGCGUAACGGGAAAUUAUUCGUUGCGCCUGCUGUGCCUGAUUGCCGACUGAAAAUAGAAUGGGCGAGUUGCCCCGCUGUAGUUCAUCUGUACGAUAGAGCAGAUUUCAGUGGUUCUGCUAGAUGUAUUACGGGCUAGGUACGCCUGUUCGUUGGUAUGGUUUAUUUAUGUUUUCUUCAGUGAAUACUACUGUUAAUUUAUGAAAUCAGAAGGAUCUUGCAUAAA